AGCCAGUCGAGCCUAAAUUGACCGUCUAUCCACUUUCAGGUGCAUCACAGUAUGCUUGCAAACACCCCCUUGCAUAAGAAUCGACUAUUGCCUAGAAUCUCGCUUGUCUGAUAGCUCAUAUGCCGCAUGCGGUAGGGAUAUUGGCUGUCAUUGCCAUAAUGGAAUCACCUCUAGCUGGACCACCGGAUCAUAAUGGGCCGCAUAAUACUCGAUAUAAAAAUCAUGCUUCAAAUGGGAUAUCCAGGAGCCCUUCACUCCAUGUUUGUUCAAAGGGUCAUCUCUCGAGGCAUACCGGUCUACUGGAUCCUCUCAAGGAAGAGAGGAUUGAUGAAUGAUGAUGAUAUUUCGACCAUAUACCAGCCUGAAUCCC